AUGCGGACUUCUUCGAUCCUCCUCCCAGCACUUUGUGCUUCGGUCUUUGCGGCCCCAGUCUACCCAGAUCUCAACAUCAACGCCGCCCUGCCAGGUGAUGCCAUCAAGGACAUCUCUCAGUACUUCAACAUGUUGGCACAGAAGACCCAGGAGGGCAGGCAGAUGGCACAGGCACCAGCCUGCGACGUGACCGCAGCAGUGAUGCCAGUCGCAUCGCCCAGCCCUCUUCCAGCCGUCUCAGCAGGCCUGGUUCUUAAGCACGUCGCCAUCGGCCGUGGCACUCAGAACUACACCUGCGACACCACCAACUCCACAGCAGCGCCCACCGCCACCGGCGCUGUCGCCACCCUCUUCAACGCCAGCUGCAUUGCUUCCACUUACCCGGACCUGCUCAACAUGCUGCCACGCGUGUCCUUGGCCUUCAACCUGACCGCCUCAGGCGCCUACCCCAAGAACUUGGUUCCAGCCUCCACCAACGCCAGACUUGCCCCGGGCAACUACGUGAUCAGCGGCCACCACUUCUUCACCAACACUACCACGCCUUUCUUCAACCUCGACACCGACACGCUCAAGCUGGGCGAGAUCCCCUGCAGCAAGGCCGCCGCCGUCAACGCCCCCGCCGAUGCUCCCACCGGCCAGCAGGGCGAGAAGGCUGUCCCGUGGCUGAAGCUUUCGGCCAGGGAGGGCGCCACCGGUCGGCUGCAGGAGGUCUACCGCCUGGAGACAGCCGGUGGAAGUGCCCCGAGCACGUGUGCCGGCAUGCCGGCCUCAUUCGAGGUUGAGUACAGCGCACAAUACUGGUUCUACGAGUCCUCAUCAUAA